AGUACGGCAAGCAUUCAAGUCAGUCUCACCCGGCUGGAAAACUGUUGCACGGAUGAACUCAUCCCCACCUGCAGCUUUAACGAUGCCAGCCGAUGACAGCCGAGUGAUCCUGUUCGGUGGGGAAGCAAGGAACUAUUGUACACGGGCCCAUCGUAAAAAGCAUCUGACGGAACUCCUCGUCCACCGGAGGUGCGAUGGGACACGAUAACUGCAAACCAACCAACCAACCGAUCACCGUCCUUCGUGGGGAACGUUCAGUUUUGAUAAAGACAUCGAACCGUGCAGUUCUAAGCUCGCAUAAGGAUAUCGGCGAUCAUCUUUUUAUCAUCUUCUGCUCCUCGAACAACACGCAGCCAAGUGACAACAUUAAAAUUGGAUGAUAAUUAGCUAAUUACCAUUUUUGGGCUUUCGUCUACAGUAGUCGUUUUGUGGUUUUUUGCACCUUGUGUGAGUGAGUGGUGUGCCCGUGCGAGGUGUUGCGUCGGUGAUUUGUGGUUUUUUCUCGUUAGUCGCUCACCUUCAACAGCAACGGUGGAAGUUCUUUUUCUCCCAACCCUUGCCCUUCCCCUUUUCGAUCAGCGGAAACAAGUGCUGUAAAAAGAGAAAGCGAUAGUGAGGAUACGUGUAUGUGUGUGUGUGUGUGUCGCGUGUUUGUGCGUUUGUGAAGUAAAAAGAGCUUUCACUCGACGGAAUCAAAACGAGAGGAAUACUGCCACACUAUUGGCUGCAGCAAGCAUAGUUUCCGGACUUCCGUGGACAUCAAAGCGCAUAACUUCUGGGGAAUCGAAUCGCCAACUAGUGUAUCCAACGGUCUGCCGAUCGUGGCGAAUAAAAACGAUGGAAAAGUUAAUUAUUUGCUGUAAUUAAUUUUGCACUUGCAACUUCAGCAUCAGCAACGGCAUGGUAAAAACGAACUGUCACAAAAAGAUUCUUCAUCACUUCUCAUCAGCGGAAGGUCAACACGUUCGGCAUUAGUGCUUAACAUUACGCUCUGUCAUUUUUCCCAACGUAUGCAGUACAGGGAAAAGGGAAUCUCCGUUUCGUGCUAUUUAAAGCGAAAACUUCCAUUUCGAGAAGUGCCACAGCACAGAGCUUACGAUCCAGUUCUAAUUUAAUACGAAGGUCCGGUGAAACGCACGAACCGAAAGUAUCGCGUACCCCUUCAUCCGUCAGUGCCGUUUCCAUUUUUAUAUAUUGUUUUACCUUUCCAAAUCAAAAGCCCGACAGCGCAUUUACGCCGACUCGAUUCGACCAAAAAGGGAUAAUGAGCCUUGAGGUGGAAUGAUGAUUCAGGCCCGACAUUAAUCAUACCCUCGGCCGGUUGCUGAAUGUACGAACCUGGAACCAGGAAGCAGUGAGCUUUGGCGACUCCACACAUACGUCCGGCGGGAAAUGCAAAAUAGGAUCCGAUCCGUUGGGUUAGUCGGUUGACUGAGGUGGUGGAACUUUUACAUACUCUAGCCACACGGAUCCCUUCAGAGCCCGGAAAGCGUCCGAUACACCUGACCUGGCACGAGACUGCCGAAAUUAAAACAAAACAUCACAAUCUGUUGUACAUACAGUGCCCACGUUUUGCUAGCUCCAAUUUCCGGCUCGGUCGUGGUUUAACGCGAGAGUCAGCAUUGAUCCCUACCGAAAAGAAAAAGCUAUUCGGAUAUAGGCUCACAGGGCGGAGAAACCAGCUCGUCGGCUCGGUUUCUCAUACAACGUUCGACGGUUGUCGCCAGCGGUGUCCAAGCAAGCAGUCAACAUUCCGCUAUUUCAAUUAAAUGUUAUGCCGGCCGCGACCAUGUUUUCCAAGUUCAAAAGUGCCACCACUAGUGCGCCGCCUCAAAAUCCCUACGACAACAAUCCGAUCACGCAGUACUUUGAAGUUGGGAAACUGGUUGCCUGCGCCGGCCCGGAACUAAUAUGGAAAAUUCACGAAGGCUACCGGAAAACGGAUGGCAAGGAAUGUUCCAUCUUUGUGUUCGAGAAACGGACGGCCGAAAAGCUGCACAAACCAAAACGGAAGGAGACGGUUACGGAAAUUUUGCGAGCAUCCGUAAAGCAGCUGGAACGAUUUCGGCAUCCCAAGAUCUUGCAGAUCAUGCACACCGUGGAGGAAAGUUCGGAAACCCUCUCAUUCGCUACCGAACCCGUCAUCGCCAGCUUAGCCAACAUCCUGGCCUAUCAGGAAGCUGGCGGAACAAUUACGGGACCACCGAGCACGGGAGCAUCCGGUCAGCACUGCCCAAACACUAUCGCCACGAACCGGCCAGCCCACGCAAAAGAGUACACGUUCCUGGACAUUGAGCUCAAGUACGGAAUCCUACAGAUAACCGAGGCAUUAUCGUUCUUGCACUAUUCCGGGCAAGUGAUACACAAAAACGUCUGCCCGUCAUCGAUUCUGAUCACGAAGAAGGGCACCUGGAAGUUGGCCGGGUUCGAGUUCACCGAGCGCACCAACGAAACCGAUGCAACCGAUCCCGUACCGUGCCAACCCUGGUCAACCAGAGCCUCCAAGCUGGUGCAGCCGAAUCUAGACUAUAUGGCGCCCGAAAUCCAGAUUAACAGUAGCUGCAGCAUACUGAGCGAUAUGUUUUCGCUCGGGAUGGUUAUUUGUGCCAUUUUCAACCACGGCCGCUCGCUGAUACAGUCGGGCAAUUCAACCUCGACCUACCUGAAGCAGAUGGAACUGCUAGAUGAGGCCGUACAUAAUAUCCUUCCAAGGAUACCGAUCCCGCUGCAGGAGGCAACCACAAGGCUAUUGAAGAAAUCGCCCGGAGCUCGCCCAACGGCUCAGCUACUAACGCUCAUCAAGUACUUCAGCGAUCCAGCCGUCCAGGCGCUACAAUUUCUCGAUGUCAUCAACAUGAAGGAUCCGACGCAGAAAACGCACUACUACCGUAGCACCCUCAGAGAAGUGUUACCGUUCAUACCGCGGAAACUCUGGUGGCAACAUAUCUGGCCUAAUCUGCAGCAGGAAAUGCGUGCUGAUGAAGUGCUGGCCGCAGUGUUACAGCCCGCUCUAACCCUGGUCCAAGAAUCUUCAAACUCGGAAUAUGAAGCAAUCAUUUUACCUACCUUUAAGACUGUUUUUGUAGCUCCAAAAUCUAUACAAGCAACCGUAGCGUUAUUAGAGAACUUACACAUUAUUCUAGAGAAAACACCACGGGAUGAUAUACGGACGGAAGUUUUACCCCUACUGUUCAACGCGUUGGAAAGCACAACGAUACAGGUGCAGAGUGCGGCCCUGGUGGCGGUAACCAAUGUGUACGACUAUCUGGACGACAUUACGAUCAAGAAGCUGGUGCUGCCGAAGCUAAAGUCGGUGUUCGAGAAGAACCAGAGCGAUCUGAAAAUCAUGGGCAAUGUGCUGCAGUGCGUCGAACGUACGCUGGAUAAGCUGGAUAAGUCUCAGAUAAUCGAUGAGGUGCUGCCGCUACUGCUCGAAGUACGACUCACCGAUCCAGACAUCGUGGUGCGCGUCGUCAACAUCUACCGGAUCAUGCUGUGUGACAAAAAGUAUGGCUUAACCGUUAACAUCAUGGCGACGAAGGUGAUGCCCACGCUGCUACCGCAAACAGUGAAUCCGUCGUUAAAUCUCGAACAGUUUAUGAUUCUUCUGGAGGUGCUUCAAGAAAUGCUGGACCAAAUAGAUAGACAACAACGUAACAAAUUGAAGCUGGACAAUCUAUCGCUCCCAUCGCCGGACCGGCACCGGCCACUGCGGCAUCAGUUCUCGUCCGACAACAUGAACGCGCAGCAGUUCAACAUCCCGAAUCUACGCAUCGAUCAGCGCAAAACGUCGAGCGCCGAGGAUAUGGCACGCAAGAACUCGACAGGAUCGGGUGCUCUAGGUAGCUGGUGGUUCGGCGGAUCGCCGUCCUCGCCGGACAGUAACUUCUUGCGUGUGGUAAACGCAUUCCCGAACCGCCGUCUGUCCGACAAUACGCUCAUGACGCCGAAAAUACGCAUCGCGCCCUCUUGUGCUUCGUCUCCGGGUGGAACCCCGGGCGGAGGGCUACCGAUACGACGACACUCGAGCAUUGGUCCGCAGGAACGACGUGGCUCCAACAUCAAUCUGUCACCACCGACUCAGGCUUUCAGCGCUCGAGGAGGCUCCGGUUCGAGCCUUUCUGUGCCUUCCUCAUCCGCUUACGUAGGAGGCUCGAUGCCGAACACUUCGAGCAGUGUUCCGUUCCUACUGUCGUCGAGCAUGCAAUCGAUCCGGAGCCGUCGUACCUCGACCGUGCUCUCGUCCGGACCGCUCGGUUCCGGUUCCGGACUGCUCCAACAGCUCGGUUCCGGCAUGCGACAGCUGUACGCAUUAAUGACCAAAGAUAGAUUCACGAUCAGCAGUAAUAGUAACGCACAGCAGGCACCACCCAAACCACACGCACCUCUGUCAGCAUCCGCAAGCGCUCUCAACACUACAUCCACUGCAUCUGGCAGCGCGGCUACCGUCACCGUCGGCACCAUUAAACUUACCAGCGGCGGAAUCGCAACCAUUACCAAUGCAAGCAUUGCUUCCGGUGCACCCAUCGUUACCGCUCCCCUGCUAGGUUCGAGCGGUCCUCAGGGCUCUACAACGUCGUUGACCAUCACAGGCCAAUUCGCCAAAUGUCCGUCCCCAGGCAGCACGAUCGGUACCGUUUCCACAGGAACGAGUCGUUCGGCCAGUACCACAUUGGGUGCGCCUAUCGGUGGACACCCAACAUCGGUUACCUCCUUUUCAACCUCCCUUUCAAAUCGUAUUACCGCACAAGUUCCUCCACCGACGACACUACCAAUCGGGAGUAUGGCCGCAAGGUCACCAACCUAUGGAACCAGUGCACAUCGUUAGUUUAGCUUGAUUGUACAAUAGAUGGCAGAGAAAGUUCAUUCCAUUAUAUUUAUUACUUCCAGUUUGUGACAUUGUCCUUUAGCAGAUCAGAGUGGGAAAGCUUUGUGUAUGCGCUGUAAAUUAUGCUUAUUACAUUUAUAAUUAAUUAAAACUCAGAAAAAAAUUUCUUUCCGUUUCAUUCCGUAUAUUUAUCUUAAACUAGCUUCACAAACGAUCCUAUGAUAGUGUGCGGUCUAGCACAGAGAAUGUUGUAAAACGAAUUUCAUGUCUGCUAAACAAUGAUAUGACAAGGAUUUCCAUGGCUUAUCAAGCCUGGGAAGAAGAAUAACAUUAAAAUGUUAAGAAAAGAAGGGAUACUUUUUAUAAUCCUUGGAGUAGUUGUGUCUUGACUGUACGCAAUAUAUUUAUUUAAAUCAUUGGUUAUCUAUAAACCACUUGAACACCUUUGCAUUAAUUUUAAUUAAUCCUCACCCAGUUCAAGGACUUCAUAAAAUGAUGAGAUAUGAAAGGAAAAUUUAUUUCAUUCAAGCUCAAAUGUGUAAAAUUAUUGGAUAUCUUUGCUUUUAGUUGUUUUUAAAACAAAAAUUUCAAAUUUAUGUAAUUGAUACAAAUAUUCAAAAUUUUAUUUUAGAAUUUUCAACAAGUACAAUGAAAAUUUUUUCUAAAUGUUCUGAAUUGCUAAAUAUGUAGGAUUAGCGAUCAAAUAAGAAUAUAUGAAUAGAGUUUCAAUAAUACCAUUUGUAACUGAGGUUUUAAUUAAAACAUUUUAUAAUUAAACUCCUGAUAAUGAUAUUAUACAUAUUUUUUUUUUUUUUUUAUUCAUAAAGAACGGCCUGGCCGUAUUGCUUAUUUCUAACUUAUAAAUAGAAUAUAACACCUUUCACUUUAGCUGGGAGGCUUUUCUUCCUCCGAGCCGUGAAAGGGCACCUUAUCCCGGGUGUGCUCGGUUGUAUCGUUGCGUGUUAUUCCGUCAUCCAAAGUCAGGGUCGUAUUCGUGGCGAGGGUCUUAUUAUACAUAUUCAAAAUUAUUAAUUUGUGUUACUUUUGUAAGAAUUAGUAAAUCGAAUAUUUUAACGAAUAACGAAUAACGAAUAACGAAUAUUUUAAGCCAUUAACCAAUAGUUAUUAAACAAGUCGAAUGAAACAGCUUUCGUGUUUACACAUUACUUAAAGUACUUGCAUUUGAUGAGAAUAAAUGAAAACUAGUGUAAAUUUUCUUUUUUUUUGCUCGGUUAAAACAGCCUGGCCGUAUCAAGACUUAUUUUAUCUCGUAACUGGAUAGUCAAUAAUUCCUAAACAGUCAUACGGCCUGGCCGUCCUUAUUGAAAUAAAAAAAAUCAUAAUUCCUAAACAUAUAAGUUGGGUCUUUUAAAGCUUUUAAGUUAACUAGUUUUUUUCACACUUUGCAAAAACACGCAUACCAUUGUAACCCACUCUUCUCUGUUCAUAAAAUCAUGCUUUGUUUAUAUAAGUCACAAAAAUUGAAGAAAACAAUGUAUAAAAUUUCCUUUCUAAUUUUGCUGGUUUCCUAUUCAUGAAUCCGUUUUAUUGGAAAUCCGGUUAAGGUGCUACUGUGCUGUUGUGGUGUCAAAUUUCCGUAUCUAUUCAACAAUCACUCAACAACUUUCAACCUAAUGAGAAUUCAAACCAUUCUUGUACUAUUCACCGAUCAAAUGGUCCCAAAUUUGGCAGAAAUUCAAAGCCGUACACAACGAGCAACGGGGAUGAAGUUUUAUAUUUUACCUGUUAAGCUAAUGAAGGGCUGAAAGCUGAUCAGUGAAACCUUGUUAAAUAGAUAUGUCGCACACAGGUAUCACGCUGGACGUGAUUCGAUUCGAUGUAAAACACCAUACACGUUUAAACUUUAAUCAAAUGUCGGAACACUCGUUUGACACCACAAUUUUCCAUGCAGUCACUCUCGCAUAAUGGUUUGUGUAGUACAACAAGUGGUCCUUUACUAGACGAUGAGCUUUAUAGUAUUUGUGUUUUUUGUGUCCUCUUUCUGCUCGCAGUACAAUGCAUUCAAACAUUUCAGAAACGCUUAAGCGCCAUCUACAUACCUUCCCGAAUGAACGCUCGUUUAGCUGUUCCAUAAGAAAACGCAUCAAGAUAAGCGACAAAAAUGCCCCAUACGGCCUUUGCUAACCACGCCAUCAAGCACUCAGCAUCUUGCUCUUUAGCUCUUUAACACAUUAUCCUUCCGUAUGCCUGCACCAGCGGUGCCAAAUGAUUAAAACGAAGCAAACUUUACGCCCGUCGCUCAAAAGUGAAAGCAACCGUAUGAUCGUCAGUUACUAUGGUGCUGCCGGCACUAUGGUGUGCACGAGUGCACGACACACUCCAAUGGAAAGGUUGAAUUUAGUUUGACGUGCUAUGAAUUUUCCUUCCACCCCAGUGCUGUUCAUACGGAAUUCCGUGCAGUGCGCGAAGCAAUCAGCACCCAGAAAGGGACGAAGAGUAGGUAGUUGUAAGUUACUAUUUCCUUUCUACGCUACUUACUUUGAAUGUUUAAUGUCAAACGUGAAGCAGCGAAAAAAAAGGGAACUUCUUUGCAGGGAUGAAUAGUUUUUCAUCACGGCACAAACUGAAGCUCAUUAACAUGAUUUCAUGGUAAACAGUGUCACGGAGUUACAUUACAGUAUAGCUGGGUUGGUGGGGUAUAAAUCAUUCAACGCUGGAUUAGAAUCCUAUGCCAGGAAAGUCAUUAAACCGUAACCGUUGUAAAAUCGAUGCUUGGAUUAAUGAAAUCUGCAACUAAUCUUUAUUUGAAUUCAACGAAUUCCAUCCCGAACACUACACAAUCCAUUAUGCUCGCGAAUCUGUGUGUAAAAAUGUGUGUGCAAAACCAUUUUUCCAAAAGAGAAAAACUACAAAUAUAAAGCCAAUACAUUCUACAUGGUGUUUUAUACAAACAAAGCAAAACCUAAAAACAAAAGCAAAUACAAUAGCACAAAGUAUGUCAAUUCCGCAACAUAAUGGAUUCAAUGUUAAAAGAAAGUGCCAGGCGGAGUAAAGAAUAGUGGUUCAAAUUUUCUCGCACACCAUCUAGAAAAAAAAAGUUCUACGUUGUUCGUAAGUGUGCACUGUAGCAAAUAUUAUUGCACAGGUCUGAUAAGACGAUAUGAUAUUGAAAACCCUCUAACCGGGGGAAAAUAUUCUGAGGCGCAUCUACAUUGAAUGGUUCCUUUCGUGUCUUAUCUCGUAAAUCUAAAACAAACCCCAGCUGAAUAUUAACAUGUAAAUGCGAAACGUACAUUAGGAAUCAUAUUUCUUACCACAAAAAAACCGGAUCAUCUACCCGACCUUUCGUGAACAGGAAAGAUUGAAUCCCAGAUUAUAUUAACAUUUGAGUAAUUAAUUUUUUUUGCUUUCUGCGUAUUUUGUACACCUAGAUGCUUUGAAUGUAAUUAUCUCACUUCAAAUUAAUUUGCCUUUUCUUUUCAUUACCUAAAGUUAGAAAAAGAAGCUUUACAACAUUAAGACGUUUGUCGUUUGAUUAUACCUAACUAUUUUUUCUGCAUCGUUUGUAGGCUGCCCAUUGCAAGCUCAAGUAAACAUAUACACACAAAACAAGCGAAUCGUUGUACAUAUCACAAAGCUAAAUGUAUCCAUAACAAUCAAACAUUACUGUUGCAUCCGUAAUAUCUAAAUACAUAUGCAUGAAGAUGAGAGGACGAACGAGUGAAGUAUAUAAAAAGUAAAACACUCAGAACGAGAGGAUAGCGUAGCUCAUUCUAAUUUAUUCCGAUAAAAAGAAGAAAAAAAAACAAAUCAUAACAAAUGAUGAUGGUCAACCAGGAUGGAACGUUUAGUGCAAUCGCACCGAUCGUUAGCGAAACUGAGUUGAAGGUUUAAAAACCCAUUCAGCAUGCAGUUGGCAAGCUGAUCCGCCACUCAUUUGAAGGAAUUAUUACUAUAGAUAUAUAUGAAUCUAGAAAUAGCAUUAAUGCACUAAUUUUCAUCGGCACGCUCGCCAAGAGCGCGCCGCUCUAGCUGUAGAAGCAACGUUAUAAAACAAAUGCAUCCAUUUUCCUACUGGAUUUUUCUUUCAUUCUGUUAAUAAGCAGCAUCUGCAAGCAUGUAAGCAUAUAAUGCCAUAAUGUAUGUUUCUUGUGUGUUUGCGCGAGUGUGUGUAUUCGUUAUAAGUAUGCGUGCGUACGUGUGUCAGGAAAUGUUUGUAUGUGCGCAUCAGAAAAAUAUCAGACCAAACGAACCGAUCAACCAUUUCCUUCUAUUUACGAUAAAACGUCCUUACCUCCAUUGUGAAUUUACCUCCGUUUGGUCCGUAGCAUUAAACCCUUGACAAUCACCAAACGUACACUUCGUGGCGUUCUUUCAUCCUUUACCUUCUAGCUAUGACCCAUCAAUCUGCGACUAAAGAACGUCUUAAACCUAUAUUGCUCAAAACGAAAGCACCUAACACAAAUUUCUGUAAUGGGUGAGCUGUAUAACACUUACAAGGAGAAAAACUACAGCUAACGAGAGAUAACUAGUGCUCGCAAACGAUACCAAAAAGAGAAGAAAGAAAAAAACAAACAUGAAAACCAAUAUGAUAAAAAAGAAAACUGUUCCAUAGAUGUGAUGUGAUUGCCAAACGUUGCACGUUUCACCGAACAUAGAGAGAAGAAUGAUCGAAUUUUGCUAAACCCUGUACAUUUUACAAUUAACUAUCAAAAUGGAGGCGCGUGUGCACCUGUUUGUUUUAUAAAGUAUUGUCUUUCCGAUGUUUUGUCCUCAUAAAUCAUAACAAGCAUUGUGUCGAGAAGAUCGUAAUCGCAGCAAUGGCCGGUUUGUUAGUAGCAUAACUUUAGUUUACAUAAAUUAUAAAUUAUAGUCGUUAAAAUAUCCACCGCAGGCGGCAUUAAGAAAAGAAAUGAAUAAAUAAACCCACAGUUGAUCGUAGUUGAUCAAUGAGAGCGAUAGCACUUCUUGUAAGGUCUGCAAUAAUGUGUGGUUUUCAGAAGCAACAUUAUUACACGCAUACUAUGCACGGGCACUGCAAACGAACAGACAAGCACAAGUAAUUGAAAAUAAUUUUUUAAUGGAAUGCAUGUUUCAAAACACUAAGAUAUUAUUAUCUCACACAGGCGCGAUGCAGUGAAGAUGUCCAUGCGCAAAACUGGUCCAUUGUACGAAAUUCUACUGAAUGUUGUUAUAAACAUGUGUGUAUGUCUGAGUGUUACGAUCCGAAUGCAUAAUGCUAAUGCACUCUAAUUAUCUACUGCAAAAACCCCAUUUCCAUUAGCUGAUGCACCUGCAGCUGCUAAUCCGUUCUAGGGAAACAUAAUGGAUACACUUAAAUAUGAAUCACAACACAUCGUUUGUGAAUCACAACUGUUUGGGAAGCUAUUUUUCCCAUUUUCUAAAAUCCAUUCGACCAUUGCAGCUCGUGGUGGUCAUGUUAAUAUUAGCUAGAACCGGUUAAUGGAGACGUUUUCUCUAAUUCAUUGAACAGAACUGUUAGGCAUAGGUUAAGGCAUCACUGUGCACACUAGUAAUAAUGGUAUUAACACACUAACCGAUGUAUCUGAGCUGUAAGACAAUCCUCUCAAAAGAUGAAACCUAUCAACACGUACGCACACACAGGCCCUCCUAUUCGAUACCUACAACGCACGACGGAAUGAUCGUUCGAGAAAGUGUCACAACAGAAAUGUAGACAAAAAAAUCCUUUUAUCAAAACCGUUGUCGAUCAUCAAUCCAUCCUAGCUUUCGUUUCGGAUGUUGCUGUGAUAAUCUGUAUAUCUGACAAAAUAGUAUUCUUUCAUUCCUAAAAGGCACAAAAGCUCGCUAGAAGCGUAAUUUCGUUUGCUAAUUGUUUCAAUAGGUUUAAUUUCCGUUGUUAUCACAUAUCAUACAAACCACCUUUAGUGCUUGAAGAAAGCAUAGCUUUUGUGUCGGUAAUUUGCAUGAUAAAGGAAAAGGAAAUGAGAAAGGAAGGCAUAUCUAUAGCUAGAACUAUUUGUCUACUGAACGCAUUGAUUGAUGUUACUUGUUGGAGUGAAUCUCGUGAAUUGGAUGGAAUAAUAUUUACACGGAAGAAACGGAGAGAGAAACAAAACAAAUCACAACCGCGUACAAUGCGUUAAAUCAGUACACUGUUAUAACAGCUUAGAGAUGGAACCGUGAACCGUAGCUGGUAAAGAGCACAAACAAGCAUAUUUUUGUAGCAUCGCUUAUUGAAGAUUAAAGAUUUUAACCAUUUACUUUGUACCGCAUGCCUGUACCAUGCUUUCAAUUGUAACCGUCAGUCGGUUGAACGUAACGUUAACAGGACACAACUCUCGUGCCACAGGUUGUACGGGGUAAGCUUUAUUCAAAAUACAAGCGUACUGUUUCACUUCCUAAACAUCAGCGGUUCUUCCCUGUGCUGGUUGCGCUUGCAUUGAGACCUAUUAAACCAAUCAGACAAUCCUACCUAGCAGUGUUUCUACCCGAACUGCGAACAAUCAUCUUUCCUAUACUUACUGUUAGAGAAUUUUCCUCCCGAAACUAUUACCUGCCUGCCAGGACAAAUAAUCAAACAUCAGUGUGUUGCACACAGCGGAAAGAUGUGACCGAUUGAAUGGGAAUUAAAAUAAUAAACAGAAAAGCAUAUUCUUUAUAGCGUACAUACAUAACAGAUAGAAGAAAAACAAAUGUUUAAACGUAUGUUUUACAAUAGCUGUUAGCAGACAAAAAUAAAACUAACAAACAACAAUCCACAUGAAUGUAAACCCUGCCACACACACCCCGAAAAUGUGAAGCAUAGAUCGAGCAUGCUGCAAAACAAAACAAGAAAAACCACUCGUUUCAUUAAAUUGUGAAUGUUUUUGCGAAGCCUCAAACACUUAGUACAUACAUACAUAUUUUGAACAGAGCAAAUCACAAAUAACUAUUUUUAUAAAUCUUUUUUAUACAAAUUAAUGCUACACUCGUACAACACCGCAUUGUCACUAUUUAGAUACACAUAUUUCCCUUCACAAUGCGUAGAAAGAUGGAACGUAAUGUAUUUACUAUAUCAACGUGGUUCCCUAGCACACAGAUAAAUUACUGCUGAAUGUUGUUCCUGAUGGCACACAUUAGAUCGUGCGUUAACUCAUACUAUUAGUUGCAAUUUUAAUUUUUUCUUUGCCCUAUGAGAAGAAAAGCACUCCUAACAGAAAAGAUUCAAAGCUAAACCAAAGACAAACCAUUCGGCAACGACAUACCAAAGGCAAAUUGCUCUACAAUUGCAUAUUAACAACUAUCUUGAUGUAAAUGAACUGAAUAUCACACACAUCGGACGAACGAACAUGUUAACUAACAAUAUAUCGAGAUUUGUACUAACCCUGAUCCAAUGAUAUAAUUAAUAAACAACCAAAGCGUGAUUGCAA